AAUAAAUUUCCAGCAGCGCGACAAUUUCAAGUCAGUUCAAGACAACAACACACGACACGACACGAUAAUCAUGGAGCAGCAAACCAAGUCCCAUGCGUCGUUGUUCGAGGUCUACCUACGAUUACGACCUCCUCCAUUGUCAAGCUCUCAACAUUCUACAACUCCGCCGGACAGAUUCUUGGCCGUGGAAGACGUGGACGAGGAAGAUGCACUCCCCACGCACAUCACGCUAAACCCUCCCAACGAGAAUAGAAGACGCGCCGUCGAGAAGUUUGCAUUUACAAAGGUCUUUGAGGAGGAUGCAACACAAUUGGAUGUCUUCCAUGGCACUGGGGUAUUGCCUCUGGUGGAGGGAGUCCUGGGGGCUCAAGGUGGCAAUGGACGAGAUGGGUUAUUAGCAACAUUGGGAGUGACUGGCUCCGGGAAGGUGAGUUUCUUCUUUUUUCUAGUGAAAAAAUAGUAUGCUGAUAUCAUGGCAGAGUCAUACAAUACUAGGAUCCCGAUCGCAAAGAGGUCUCACUCAAUUAGCACUCGAUGUGCUCUUCCGUUCCAUCUCCAACAACACCCUUGACCCCAGCACGAAUACCUCUGUACAUGCCACAGUCGCUGCGUCAGACCCUUCCGAAGCACAAGUCAUGUCUGCUCAAAUGUUUCUCGAUACUAUGUUUGGCGAUCCCUCCGCAUCCCGCGGAAGCAGCUCUCGAGCACAUACACCCAUGGUAAAGCGCACUCCUUUAUUUGCAGACCAUGAUCUUGAGCAUCAUCCCGACUCCGAAGUCUCGUACCCCUCUCUCCCAAUCGACCCAGCAGGAAGUCCUAAAAGUAUCCGAUUCGUGAGGACCCCAAUGGCAGAAAAUAGUAUUCUCGCCUCGACAGUGUCGACAUUGUCCCAUCUCCCUUCUUACAUGCAAACCACGGCGGCCAUAGCUAGAAAGUACGUUACUAAAUUUGACUUCAAGGGCGACUCGUAUCCACCACCUACUCCGCGAAGACACCUUCUCCAACGGCCUUCCGUCAUACCCCAGCUUCCGGAUAUAGGUAAUUUGACGGUUGACAUCGAUCCCAAUUCCGAUUACGCGAUUCUCAUUUCGAUGUAUGAGGUUUAUAAUGAUCGGAUAUUUGAUUUGUUGACGCCUGCCUCGCCGAAUAAGUCUACAAAGGAUUAUCGAAGAAGACCCCUCUUGUUUAAACCCACAGAGCAAUCCCCCGAUCGAAAGGUCGUUACCGGAUUGCGAAAGAUUAUUUGUGGUACUAUGAGAGAGGCGUUGCUAGUACUAGAGGCCGGAUUGACGGAGCGAAGGGUUGCAGGUACAGGAUCGAACAGUGUCAGCUCGAGAUCCCACGGAUUCUUUUGCGUGGAGGUAAAGAAGAGAAGGAGGAGUCGAAUGCCUAGUUCUUGGGGAGGCAGCGCUCUUACGGUUGUUGAUUUGGCUGGGAGUGAGAGAGCUAGAGAUGCCAAAACGGCUGGAGCUACGUUGCAAGAGGCUGGUAAGAUUAACGAAAGUUUGAUGUAUUUGGGACAAUGUCUUCAAAUGCAGUCCGAUAUUGGCAAUUCCGUAAAGGUAUGUUUCUUUAUUUAUGGCUUCGAGUAGUAACAUACUAAUCGAUCAAAGCCAAAUCUUGUACCAUUCCGACAAUGUAAACUCACGGAACUUUUGUUCUCCAAUUCAUUCCCAAGCUCAUCUAUUUCGUCAACGGCUUCACACUCACAAUCACAAUCCCACCACCGAAAUCCACAGAAAGGUAUUAUGAUUGUUACAGCCGAUCCGCUUGGCGACUUUAAUGCCACAUCUCAAAUCCUUCGAUAUUCUGCCCUCGCUCGAGAGGUGACCGUCCCUCGGAUUCCGUCUGUAAGUUCAACUAUCAUAGCUCAAUCAACAGUAUCGCAUUACUUUUCUCAAACGCAUACCCGAACCGCUAGCGGAGGACGAACCACUCCAUCUGACAGUGAACGGGAGACCAUGGAAAUCGCAGCGCUGGAAAUUGCUCGGAUGAGUGAAGAAAUUGAUGGUCUGAGAGCCGAGUUAAAAGACGAGCAAGACAGACGGUGCGAGUCGGAAGCGCAUCUUGAGAGUAUGCGUGAGCGGAUGGCCGAUAUCGAGAUGGAUAUCCGGGAAGAAGUCUUCUCGGAAAUGGAGAAGCAGAUGGAGAUUGAGAUGCGUAGGUGGAAGGCUAGUUUUGCCGCGGAAGCAGAUCGUAACGGUGAGCAUCUCGACCGCAAACUUGAGAUCCUGUCCAAAACCAUGGACCUCGACGUCCUAGGAUCCGAGAACAAAGAAAACUUCCACCCUGGAGAAACCCGAAAUGACGAUCUUGAGGCGGAAAACGAGAGGCUCAAAAGAGAGGUUGAAUUGCUGAGAAGAGAAAUGCAGUGUAAGAGUCCCAGUAAGCGGAUUCCGUUGAGGGAGAGCAAGACGAAUAAGGCUAUGACGGAUUUGGGAGGCAGUAUGGAACGAUUGAGUUUUUCUACUUCUAGUGAGAGGAAUUCCCGAUUGCCGGAGCUGAAGAUGCCGGGAAAUGGGAGUCCGUUGAAGAAGGUUAGGAAGUUGGCGUCGAAGAAGUGGGAUGUUGAUGAGGAUGAUUUAUGAUUGUGUAACUUGGUACUUGAUGAAUGAAUGAUGCAGCGGU